GAUCCUGCUGUCAGCCCGCCUGCGGAAAUGUGCUGCGUCUCGGUGUUUAUUAGUAAAAGCAGCUUUUGUUAAGAUGUCAAUGGACCAAACAGCUUCUCAGCAGCGUCCAGUAACUUGGAAUUGUUUAUUUUAAUAAAUAAAGAAGAGGUGAGGAUGAGCCAAGUAGACGACAUUUUAGUUUGUAGGAAUUAGCUAAAAAAGCUAAAGUUUCAGAGCAGGAUUUUAGCUGCAGUGAGGAGAUCAUCAGGUUGAGAUGGUCGGAGGUGAUUUCUAAUAAUACACCGACAGAAAUGGAAGACAGUGAUGGGGAAGAAGCACCUGAGCUUCCACAGGAGAUUAUAGUUUACAUCCUGAGUUUUCUUCAUGCUUCAGACAGGAAGGAAGCCUCUCUGGUCUGCCACAGCUGGUACACUGCCAGCCAGGACCUACGUUUUCAGAAGAAUGUCACCUACAGCUUCCCGGCCUCAGCCUCGUCCCUGGAGCUGGUCAGGGGUCUGGUCGGGAAGUCUCGCUGCAGCCUGAGGAUCAGCCAGCUGGAUGGCUUCAGUAUUUCCAGAUCACUCCUUCUGGAGGUGGGGGUGUCUCUGGGCUCCAGGGUGGAGAGCUUGGCCCUCCCUGGCAGCAGCAUCACGGAGGCGUCUCUGCUGGCUCUCCUCCCUCGUCUCACGUCUCUUCGCAGGCUGGACCUCCGAGGCCUGGACAGUCUCUUCAUGUCUGGAGCUUUUCUGUCCAGAGAGGAGCACAGACAGCAGGUCAGGUCAGCUUUGAGCGGUCUGAAGGACCUGGAUCUGUCGGACCUGCGUUACCUGUCCGACCUCACCUUCAACCGCCUCACCUGCUGCACCCCACACCUCCGCCGCCUCUCGCUGGCCGGCUGCCACAUCGCCUUCGAGUUCGACCCGUAUCGAGUGUGCCCGGUGGGCGUGGUGAAGGACUCCUCGGCUCUGCUGUCGCUCAGGAACCUGAAGAGGUUGUUGACGGAGCAGAGGUCCACCAUGAAAGUCCUGGACAUCAGCAGGACCUCCAUCACCCCCGAGUCGCUGCGCACCAUCGCACAGGUUCAGGGUUUGGUGUUGGAGGAGUUGUAUCUUCAGGGCUGCAAAGAGCUGACCGACUACUCGGUGGAGAUUCUGGUGAAGCACCAGCCGGGCCUCCUGAAACUGGACAUCAGCGGCUGCACCGAGCUGACCAGCAGGUCUGUGGAGGCYGUGGCUCGAGGCCUGAAGUCUCUGACGCACCUGUCUUUGUCCCGCGACUGGAGGAUCACCGAAAAAGGUCUCGCUGACCUGCUGUCCGUCUCUUCCCUGACGUCUCUGGAUCUGUCYGAAUGUCCUCACAUCAGUGGGACAGAGAUGGUGAAAGGCCUGAAGGGAUCCAAACCCAGCAGAGCCAACCUGGAGAUGCUGAACCUGAAGAGCUGCACCUACGUCAGGGAUCUGGCAGUUUUCUCGCUGACGCAGCUCCUCGGAGACUCUCUGCGGGAGCUGGACCUGACGUCGUGCGUCAACGUGACCGACCUGUCGGUGUGCGCCAUCGCCACCUCCCUGCAGAAGCUGGUGGUUCUGCGGCUCGGCUGGUGCAAAGAAAUCACCGACUGGGGUCUGCUGGGGAUGGUGCAAAAAACCCAAAGUGAGCCUGACGACGAGACGGGAGACCGAGGUCCCAGUUUUACCCGGACGUUCGGCAACAUGGGCUUCUUCAAGCCCCCUCGGAUGCCGUUCGAGGAGCGGCCCAAGAUGGUGACCCAGGACGAGCUGCAGCAGUUCAAACAAAAAGCCGGAGCGUCGCUUUUAGCCCUGAAGAGGCUGCGGGAGCUGGACCUGUCGGCCUGCGCCAAGCUGACCGACAGCAGCAUCACACAGGUGAUCCGUCACCCAGAGCUCCAGUGUCUGUCCCUCUCCAUGCUGCCGGACAUCACCGAUGCCAGCCUGGUGUCGGUGGGCCGGUUCUGCCGCAGCCUGACCAGCCUGGCGCUCAGCCAGUGUCCGGGCAUCACCGACCGCGGAGUGGCUCAAGCUGUGCCCCACCUGCACCGGCUGCAGCACCUCCACCUGUCCUGCUGCAACAACAUCACAGACAGGUCUUUGUUCCUCCUGAUGCAGAACUGCAAGCGUCUGAAGACRGUCGACGUGUCGAUGUGUAAAAACAUCUCGAUCAGGGCGGUGGAUCUCCUCCAAUCACAGCUGCCCUUCCUGGAAAACGUUCAUCACAAAUAUAUAGGUGGGGUUGACCUGACUCUGACUGAGGGAUUAUGACUGCGGCAGUUCAGCCUCUGCACAUGAACUAAAACUAAAACAUGUUCAAACUGCUGCUCUUUGUAGGACAGAUGGUUCACAGAUAAAAUGAAAGCAAUUUACCGUAAUAAUUAAAGUGAUGAAUCAUCAUUAAAUAUACAGACUUAAUGAGGAUUAUAAGGUUUGUCUGAACAUAAAGCAGCAGCAGGAUCUGUUUGUAACAUUAGUUUCUUUAAAAAAAAUUCAUUUAACAAUUUAUUUUGACUCAAAGGGGUUGGAUUUUUGUUUAAUAUUUAACCCCUGAUCACCCUGCCUUUGUCCUUAAAUAUAUUUCAAACAAAAAAAAACAACAACAUUUCCCCUCGUCAGCACAGUUCAGAUAAAACAGGAAGUGAAAAAGAUUUAAACUCCAUCCUUUUUCAAACAAAAGUGAUUUAUCUGAAACUAUAAUCUGAUCAUUUCAAGUUAAGUGAUUAUUUUUUAUUCAUUUAAAAGUAGCUUUGCACAGGUUUUAUUUAACUUAUUUAAAUAUUUCAGCAUUCUUAUCUGAUGCAGACUCAAACUUUAAGGAAUUAAAAUUCUUGCUUUUCAUUAAUUGCAUUGUUUUAACCUGACAAAUUCUGUAAGUUUUCAGAAGAUGUGUUGAGGAUGACUCUCUGCUACCACCGCCUCACGUUUUGUGUUAACUAUGAUUAAUUAGCUGUGGCGGCCAUCUUGAAGUAGGCUGACUCGGAGCUUAUCCAGGGAUCACUUUCUGAAAGGUUUAACUAAACUCAUCCAGUGCUCCAGGAGAGAUCGACUGGAACAGUUGAACAGAUUAGUUGUGCUCAGAUUAAGUGUUGAGGAUGAUUCUCUAAAUUUUCAGUCUAAUAUUUAUAAAAUUUGCUGUUAUCUUUUUGUUUUUUGUCCAUUAUGCAUUAAUGAGUUUCAUUAAAAUCUGUCCAGUGGGAUAUUUUGCUAACACAAGCAGACGUGUUAAAAAAAUGCAUCGUUCCACAAAAAGCAGACAAAUCUAGUUUCUGUUGAAAUCUGAGGAUAUUUGUAAGUUUAAAACAAACUUCCUGCACUUUUAUUUUUUCUUAGUAAUUUUGUACCAUUUAAACUCUGAAUGAUGUAAACUAAGGAUGUCAUUUAAAAAUAAACCAAAGUUUUGGCUGCAAUGGAAAAAAAAAAAGACAGACACGUCUCUUCACUUUGUGUGUGUUUUUAUGCUGAUUCAAGUGAAUCACAGAUGAAUAUCAGUUGUAUUGAAAUGAAAAGACCUCAUUCUUCCGUCGAGAUGCAGGAAAAUCUGAAGGUUUUGUCAGUUUCUGGGCAGUGCACCGUACUAUGCCACAUAAAGAGUACCUCACACGAAAAGCAACAAUUUUAAACUUAAAAACAUUCGAUUCCAAAAACAGAUUAUUCUCGUCUGGCUUCGCACAGAUUUACAGAAAUAAUAUAAAAGUCACUGCCAGCAUCAAAUAUUGAUUGAAACAAAACAAACUAAACAUGUACCUGAUGCAGUCAGAGAUU